AAUGGGAUGGUUCAAUAAUUUCUUAAGUAAUACUGUUGGCGAUGAAAAAAGUACUCCUAAACGACCUUCUCAACAGCAACAAUCAACUCCACCUAACCAAGCUCAACCAAUGAAUGAUCAUAAACCGAGAAUGUCUAUUAGUAAAUAUGGUAUUAUACUAGAUGAAACUGAAAAACACGAAGCGGCUACGAAACCUAUUUUAAAAAAAGAAUCAACUGUAGCAUCCCAGGGUCGACGUAGUAACAUUGACGAUGAUAAUAAUGUACUUGCGCAAAGCGUUAUGAACAUUGCAAAUUUAUUACAAAGUCAAAUGAAUAUGAGUAGUUUAGGGAGACAAUCGCUUAUGGGUAUGCCUUUACCAUGUAAUUUCCCCAGUCAACUCAGUCAAUUUGAUAUGAACUCGAUGAAUCAGCAACAAUUACUCCCUUUACAAUUUUUACUUGGUCAACAACCUCAGUUUCCUCAGCAAAUAACAAAAGAAAAUAAAUCGUUCGAUAACCUUCUAGCUACAAUGGGUAUGGGAGGGAAUACAAGUGAUACACAAGACGAAGAAGACGUUUCACAAGGUGGUCGUGUCUAUAAGGGCACAAGAAGAGGAGGAAAAUUAAAAGUAGCUGAUAAACCGAGAGUAGCAACUUACUUAAGGGAGGAAAGGGAAAGUUAG